AAAUAUUUCAAAUUGUGCUACUUUAUUUUCCGGCCGAUUUCGAUAUCACCUUAGGCUCGUUGCGGAUCACCGAGACCACUGUCCGGUGAUACGGCUGCAGGGGAGCUCGGCUUUGCCCGGCCUGGCCUCGUGGCCGCACUGUCACUGAACAGCUCCACUCGCGCGCGCAGCCCCACCUUUCCCCCCCACGCGCCGCUCCAUCGGCGGCUCCGUCCCUCCCCUCGCGCCAGGUGAAAGAAGCUGCCCUAUUCCGCACCUGCGCCAGGCCCACAGUAGUUCCCUUCCCAGAAGUGCCCGCACCUAAAAGAAGAUAAAAUAAUAGUAGUGGUAGAAGAGCGUGGCUGAGGCCGUGCCUUUCAGUGGGCUAGGUCGCUCUCCACCAGUUGCUUUCAACGCUCAGUCUCUGCAGGGACCACUUUUUGCCGUCUUUUCUCCUGCUAAUAGUCAGGCAGCAAAGGACAGCAUUCUAGAGGAGACGAAGGCGAGCUGGGUCCUUGUAAGGCAGUGGCGCGGUGUGUGACGCAUUGGAGCGGCGCGCCGCUCCCGGGGCCGGACGGAGGCGUGGGCACGAUGAUGCCCGGAGAGACGCCGCUACCGCCGGCUGGAACUGCGGCCGCCGGCAGGGCCUGCGCCAACUGUGGUGUUCUCCAGCAGAAUAUGAAUGACUAUGUAGCUGCAUUAAUUGCACUGAAGCAAAAAAUAAUUGAUGGAGAUCGUUUGCUGACAGAGUAUCAACAGAAAUGCACUGAGCUUCAAUUUGCUGAAAGAGAGAUCUCGGCUCUUCGUUGCCAAGUGGAGAAGAUGUUACAGAAAAUUCUGCCUCUGGAAAAAUGCCAGGAAGAGUUGGGUUCCUUGAAGGCAGAGUUGGAAGAAAAAAAGAGUUCUCUCAAGAUUUAUCAGGAGAGUCAACUGGAAUAUGAUAAAAUUAAAGAAGAAAUAUUAAACAGUGAUGCUGUGAGAAAGAAACUGGAAACUAAAGUGAAAAAACUUGAAGAGGCUGCAACAAAGCAUACACAGGACUUCAGACAACUGAAAACUGAAAAGAAAAGGCUUGAAAAGGAGCUAAAGAAAGCACAAGGAAAACUUGAUGGUGUAAUUAAAGAGAAGUGCAGAAAACUUAAACAUGCAGAAACUCAGAGUUCAAGUGAAGAUCUUGCAACAGAUAUAGACAAAGGAAGAGUGAAGCUCUUAUUAGAAGAACUCUGGAUGUGCAUUGACAGUGCAUCAGGAAAAAGAGAGAAUGAGAAAAAUGAUCCUGUCUUAGACACUGUACAAAUCCAGCAAAAGAUCAAGAAGUGUGAUGGCAAAACACUACCUUGGUGUUCUUCAGGGGAAAGUGCUGUAAAGCAAAAUUCUGUAACAGCAAUGAUAAUUCAAAGAAGUACCGAGCCUUUUGGAGAUGAUUGUGCUGUGAACAGGACUGCUGAAGAACAACUGCACAGUGGUGAGGAUAAAAAUGUAGAUGUGAUAAUACAGACAGGCAGGGAGCACAGCACUUCAGGCUUCUCCACUCAGGAGCAGAGAGACCCAGGUGGAAAUGUGAUGGAUAUAUUGAAUUGGGCCAGACCUCUUCCUGCUCUACUUUCUCCAGUACAGCUUUCACCACUGACUACACAGGAUAUGUUCUUGGGAGAAGUCACAGGUUCCAGUGAUGAAGAAGAUGAUUGCAGUACUUCUGCAGUGGAGGGUAUUUCACAAGAAGACAAAGUUCAGCCUCCAAGCUGUAAUGUAGUCUACCCUGGUGAUGAGUGUAACAGACAGUGCAAAUCAUGUGAACAUGGUUUUGAUGAAGAAAUCUCACUUAAUCUGAGUUGGAAUGAAAAGAAUAUUCAUAUCAGUCCUAAGAUAUCAAGCAAGGAGAGAGAUGCUGAAAGAAAGCAAGGUGAAGGUGCCAUUCUAAUGACAAACAUGGUAACUAACAAGAAUUGUUUGGAGGAGAAUUCUGGGGAUGUGGGAACUGAGAACAGAGAAUUAACUGGAGCAACAGCACAAAAAUCAGAAGACAUAGAAGAACAGAAAGGAGAUGGUGAGGACAUGGACAGUGAAGAGGGAGAUUCUUCAGUAGAUUUUAUGUUACAAAGUUUCAAGCCUCAGAAUCAGACGGGAAAAUGUAGUGUGAUAGAGCAAACAGAGGAGAAUGUAACCUUAAGUAGAGCUGUUGAUAAUGAGGGUACACAUGAAAAAUGUGGUGAAUUAGUGAAUGCAGAGAGAGAUAAAUUAGUAGCACAGAGAGAAACUUCCAGAGAAGCAUCUGUUCUGCAGAGUGUAACUCAUUUGCUAUCUAAGCAAUGCAUUGUGCUUCAUAGAGAAGAUGCUGAGGAAAAAUCUGAUGUGUUGAUAGAAAAUGAAGUGGUUGAAAAUAAAUCAAAAAAUGUAGUCAUAUUAACUAAUAUGGCUGAAGCUAUUGAGAUCUCUGCACACUCUCAGUGCUCUGAAAUAAAACAUGACAGUGAAGAGAUUCUGGAGAAACAACAUAUGCAAACAAAAGACAAAGUGAACAGAGAAUGUGAACCAGAGACUGUUAAAGUCUCUAGGCAUUACUUACCUGUAUCUGCUACUGAAGGAAUCAGAACUUUGUCAGUAUUUCCAAAUGAUGAACAGCUCAAAAUUGAAGACGUGAAUAUAACCAGAGCUCCAUCUCCUGAACUAACUAUGAAAUUUAACAGAGGAAGUGUUCUAGAAGUAGCUGAAUUGUCAGAGCUACUCCAUAGUGCAGAAAAUGUAAAACUAGUGGAUAUAAAGGAGGUGGUAGGUUUACGAAGCAAACCACAUCACGAGAAAGAUGGUAGUAAUUUAUCUCAAAGGAAGUCAAACUUAGAAAAUAUACUUGAACUACCAAAGACAGCAUGCAUUAUUGGUGUGGAAAGCAGUGUAGCUAAGUGUGAAUCCUCUGUGUUAGAUUUUACAGAAGUGAAAGGUGAAAUAAAACAAUCUGAAAACUUAUGUGAGAAAUUAGAAUGUGGGCAGUCCAAAUCUCAAAACUUUAGACUGUUUGAAUCUCUAGAGUGUGAAGUCAGCGUUAAUCCAGAAGAUUGCGGAGGGGAAAGCAGUGAGUUGUUAGCAAGAGGGGAUACAAUUAAAUCUAUCUUAAUAGAAAGUAAUCCUAUGUCUCAGGAACAGUUUGCAAAACCUCUGAUUCAGCUCUUGAUAUCUGAAAAUAUUAAAUGUGAUGAAAUAGAAGGGAAAUUAAAUAAACAAAGCAAGGAAUUGGUGACUGAGACUUGCUCCAGUUCACUGAAGCAGGAAAAGAAUGUUGUGAAGAAAAAUAAUACUUCAGAGAUCAUUUGCCAGCCUACUUCAGAAAUAGAAUGUAGAAGUGGCUUGGCUUUUUCUACUCAAAAGGACUUGGAGAAAUGCUGUAUAAAUAAUGAGGAAACCAAUUCUCCUGUGCAAGUGGAAAUUGGCUUGGAAUCCACAAGAUCUCCUGAUCUAAAUAUUAGUCUUCAGAAAGUUGUUGCUUUCCUUGAAACCAACUUAGCAGGAAAGGCUGCUUUUUCCUAUACCUGGGAAAACAAGGGACAUACAAAUUCCAUUAUGAGUAGUACAUUUAACUCUUCUUCAGAUAACUUAGAAGAGGGUGCUGAGUUUCUGACUACUGAAAAAGUUAACAUGGGCAAAGAACUGGGCUGCCCUGAGAGAGAAUAUGUACAUAAAAAUGAAGAGAAAACUUCAGAUAAGGAGCAGCCAGUAGAUAAAGAACCUCAGGCACCUGUUAAAUCACAGGUCAUGUAUGCAAACCCUUAUAAGAAUGCUUUUCUCCUCCAAAAGUUUCAUUGCCAAGAAUCAGGAUGCAGGACUUCUACGUGGAAGGUUAGAACAGAUCCUUCUAGAACUAAUCCACUAACAGGUGGGGAAGAAAGUAAAGAACUGAAUGGUUUUGUGGGUUCUGGGAGAAAUGCCAUAAUAAAGUGUAAAAGUGAUUUUGAUAUGCCAGAGCAAAGCAAUGACUCUGAAGAGAAAGACUGUUCUCUACAAAAAGUUAAGUGUUCUGAAUGUGUUCCAAUGUUCAGAAACAAACUGAGAUCUUCCAGCAGAAUUGCACUGGAUGCCCUGGAAACUGGUGCAGUUGUUGAUGCUGAUUACCAAGUAUGUGAGCUUCAUUCAAUGAGGCACCCAGGAAAUACUUUCACAGUUAGUCACCUAAAAGCAGACACUGUCUUGGAUAUGAAUACACACUGUGAACCAAACAACUCUGGAGGUACUGCAAAUGAGUGGUCAAGUGUGACUGGGGAGGGUUAUCCUGAAGACUCAGCCUCUUGGAAAACCGAAUGUAUAUUAGUAACCUCUGAAAAUACUGAGAGUGCUAAUGAACUCAUGGAGUCUAACACAGCUGGAUGCAUCAGUCACAGUGAGGAAAGUCUAUUAAAAUCUGGAACAUCAAAAGAAAGCCCUGUGAUGCCAAAUGCUUCAAAAAAUAGGUUGCCACUAUGCAAGAUGUUAAGCAGAUUCUCAGAAAAUUGCAGGCUGACUGUAAAAACCAGUAAAUUAAAUGCAAGAAUGUUAGCACUUGCCAAUUUCUUAGAAGAAAAUGAUUCUGCAAAACUUCAGUCAAAUGGGAAACAAGAUUUAUUACACAGUGGUGAUAUGGGAGUCUCAGUGUUUGAAGAAUAUAGUAAUAAUAAUCAAACUUACACUGCUUGCAAUACAGGAGAAAGCAGCACUGAUGUUAUCAUAGAUAGUGGUACAAAAAAAAUUUUACUCAAUUAUCUUCCAAAUCCAACCCUCUCUGAUGUAAGGUGCAGUUGUCAAACAGCUGGUCAGGUUUCUGAACCACAAAAGACAGUAUUUGAAAAGUUACAUAUGGUGGAAUCAGAGUCUUGUGCUCUCAAGAAAAGCAAUAAGUGGAAGUGUAAAGAGCAAGAACCAUCUGAAAUCUUGACUGUUUCUACCAAGACAGCUGUCGACAUAAUGCAUACCAAGCUAUCAAAGAAACUGUUUCAAGGUAAAAGAAAAACAAAGACUCUUAAAGUUACUCAGCCAGUUCUUGCAAAUGCUAAUACUUCUGUGGCAAAAAAAUGCUCAUCUGAGAUGAUAAAUAAAAUCAGGGAAGAGAUAGGUCCUCCUCUGCCCCCCUUGCUACUGCCUUUGAUUGCUACUCCUCCAAAAACUGCCUGUACUGUCUCCCCGGUAAUGUCUUCAACAGGUCAAUUCUCUUUGCUUUCCCCUCUUGAUGACCUGAUAUCCCCACUAUGCAAAACUCCUGUUCUUCCUCUCAUGUCCCCAUUAACAGAUACUCCAGCAGUAAAAUCUGCUAUUUUAUUUUCUCCUCCCUCACCCUCAGAAAUGACAGUAGGUAGAAGGAUUCUCUCCUCACCUUUGAAAUUUUGUACUUCCAUUCCAAAGCAUGCACUUCCUGUUCCAGGAAGAUUUCCUCUCUUUGCAGCAGUUAGUGCUGGUCCAGACGCUCCUCAGGAGAACUCUGUGAAAAUAUUGGACACUAUGUAUCCAGAGCUGUCUGCAAGGGCAAGGACACUAAACAUUCUGAAAGGCAAUAUUCAGCUUAACCGAUGUCCUUUUUCAGACAGCCAGAGUUUGCCAGGACCUGUGUCUCAAGCAGGUGGAUUCAAAGCAAUUGCAUCUACAUCAACUGCUUUUGUUAAAGCUGGGAGCAGUUUGAAAUCUGAUAGUAGCAAAGAUGAAGACAAAGAUGUGCAAAAUCAGCAAUUGUUUUCAAAUAAUUUUGGAAAAAGGACACUAUUGCGGGUAUCUAUGCCAAGAAGUGCCAAAAGACUGAGGCUGGACAGUGAACUGCCAAGGAUGGAGCCCAGUGAUAUUACUGCUGUCAGAAAUACUAAAAAUACCAUCUCUGAAAUGCAGGAGGCUUUCCAUGGUAAAAGCUAUGAAAUCGGUGAUUCAUCACAGCAUUCCAGUUUAGAAGAAUCACUCCCAGUAAAGAAGGACUGCCAGAAAGUUUCUUUGGCAUUAAAGAAAGUUGCUGAAUCCUGUUUUGACUUGUUACCAGUUAUCAAAGGUCAUGUGUAUGCUGGUAAUAUCUCACAGAUUCCAGUAAUGAGAGAUGAAGAGAGAGAAGUUGUCUAUGAAUUUGGUAUAAAAAACAAGCAUUUAGCAGAGUCCUUGCUUCAUGUAAUUCUCAAUAAGCUGAAGGCUCAGAAGAAUGCCACAAAUUAUAAUUUCAGUCAGGCUCUGUGUCGAGUAUAUGCAGGAAUUUGUCGACAGUUGGGAGAUUUGGAAAGAGCCCGCCUUUUCUGCUAUAGUCUACUUAAAGAAGACUAUCCAGACUCAGAAAAAUUGAUUUUAUUUAUCACAAAUGUAUGGUCUGACAUAUUUGUCUUCCAAGGUGCAAUUAACAAAGCUAUGCAAUUAGUUGUCAGGCAGAGUGCAAGCAAUGAGAUGCUGGCCUGUUUAAGUGCUUAUCUCAACUGGGAACAGAGUUCAUCUUUAGAUGCUGGUAUUAUGGUCUCAAACCUGCUUUUAGAAAUGCAGUCAUGUACAAAAGUAGAAUUUCACCUGAGUGAACAGUACGGAGAAGAUCUCAGUGAAGAUGCUUGGCAGUAUAUAUUUGCUGUUGAUCUACUCUGCUCUCAUAUGAAGUGGGAUUGGACACAUGAUAAUGUUAUAAGCAAAGUGCUUUGGCCUUCUAUGGAUAACUGGAUAAAGAAGAGAAAGGGGCAUGAAACUGCUCAGUCAAUUCAUGAUAGUGUUAUAGCAUUGACACUCAGGCUAAUUGGUCGAUUAGGACAAAUAGGUUUGAAGGAAGGCUAUCUUGCUGCAGUGAAGAAUAUUAGUUCAGUAAUUGGACUGUUUGUACAGCACGCAAAAGAGGAAGCUGUUCCUUGGGGUGUGCAGCUGGCAGCCGUAUAUUCACUAUGUGACUUGGGUACAAGCAAUCCAGAAGGUAUUGUUGAGGCCAUCCAUGCUUGGAGAGCAAAAGUUCCUAACAACAUCCCUUCUGCUAUCACAAAUGGCAUAGCUGAAAUCACCUCGCUGUGUGAAAUGGAGCUAAACUAAAAAGUAGGGAAGUGGACUGAUAUAAAGGAAGAAGUGCCUUACCAAUAAAGCAGUAGUUGGUUCCAGUUAAAAACCAUACAAUGUGGUGUGUCUUCUUGUAUUUCAUGCUUUUAAUCAGAAUGUCUGAUCAUGCAAAGCAAGGUCAAAUAUUUUAUCUGGCUUUUCUGUUUGAAGGAAGAGUUUUUAAAAAAAAUAAACAAAAAUAUUUGCUUUUCCUAGUAGCUGAUUAGUGAUCUGGAAGUGAGUGCAUCUUGAACUCCUGAAAUAUUUCUGGUUUUAUGACAAUAGAAAUCAGUAACAGUUUUCAUUUUUCUACCUACAUCAGUUUGGAGUGUGAACUAUUUGACAGAAUAUUCAGCAUGACUUGAAAACCUGGUUCUAUUAUUUUGUACUAUUUUUAUAAAGUAACCAUUCAGAUUGCAGAACAUUUCCCACAUUCUGCUGUAUUUUGUUUGGGUUGUCUUAUAAACUUAAUUUAAAAUACUUGUGAAAAACAGGUAGGAAUUGACUUUUUGUGUAGCCAUCAUGUAUGAAGUAACAGAUACUAAAUCUCUAAACUUGUAUAUACGGUGUAUUCUGACAUAUCUCAAAUUUGAUAUUGUUCCACUUGGAGAAUUUUGUGUAUGUAAAUAGAGAGUUGGCUCAACAAAAGUUCAUGUUUCUAAUGAUAGCUUCGCUACACUCUGUUUUUGUGUCUUUCAUAAUAAAAGAGAC